CUGCACGUCGUUCGGCGCCGCAACGGGACCAUGAAGGUGGUGCAGCUGGUGGCGGUGUUGCUGGCGGUGGUGGCGGGCGGGCGCGCGGGCCUGCUGCGCGUGCCGCGCGUCUACAACGCGCUCAUCUCGACCAACCAGCGGCUGGCGCCGAGCCGCGCCGACACCGUCUCGCUGCCCGUCGUGGGGCCGGUGGCGCUGCUGCCCGCCGCCGCCAUCGUCGCCGAGGAGGCGGCGCCGCCCCCGGCCGCCAAGAACGCCUCGGAGGCGGAGGCGGCGGCCAACCACACUGCGGCCGCGCUCGUGGCGCCGCUCGCCGUCUACAGCCCGUACUACUACUCGGCGUACUCGUACCACUACAACCCGUACCUGGUGCCGCCGCUGCUGCACUACGGCUACAACUACCUGCCGCUGCCGCUGACCGUGCCCGUGCCGCUGGCCGUCGCCCACGCCGCCCCCGCGCCGCCGGCGGCGGACACGCCGGACCAGAAGGGCGGCGGCGACGCCAAGGCCGACGCCGACAAGGAGGCCGUCACCGUGGAGGCCAACUGAGGCCGCCGGGACCCGCCAUCCCCGAACCGCCGCUCCACGCUUUCCGACUUGACCUCUCAGAAACUUACCGUCCACCGUCGACCGUAGGAAAAGCGCGUCGGUACCCGAAACCACCAGCAGCCACACCGUCUUGGAGUGUCAUCACCUGUCAGGAGAACACUUUGCGAUUAGCUACCGUAUGGUCAGCAAGGCGUCCACUUCAACGUGUCCCCCUUCCCCCCUGUGUGUGUUAAUCGGAAGAAAAUUGGGAGAGUUUUGUGAAUAUACAGAUCCCAUACUCAUUGUAGGUCGAUUAUUUGCCCAACGAGACACGCCAUGGACCAACAAGCUCUGCAGUCGUUCAGACUCUGUACCAUAAAAAACUUCCAUUAGUGGGCCACACACUCGAUUAUAUUUUAUCUGAGACACACAGCAUUUUAAAACUCCCUGCUGAAGCUGAGCCUUCCUGCCGAUCAAAGUUUCAGUCGACCAAAACAUUUCAGAUAUUUACGUUUUGUGUGCGGCAAAGUGCACUGUGCCUACUGAACAUCAGCCUUUCUGCCAUGCAAAACUUCCGCCUCAGGGCCAAAUAUGUUGAUACAAUCCAGUCUUACGGGAGACUGUCAGUAAUCUGCAAUUACCGUUAGAAAUGCUCUCUGAAAUUCAGCAUUCGUGCCAUGCGAUACCUUCGCAAGUGGGCUAAAAACGUUGAGGUGAUUACUUCUUACGUGAGAUACUCUACUCUGUAAUUAGAACGGAAAAUCCUUGCUCAAGGUCUGCAUUUCGGCAGUCCAAAAGUUCCGUCAGCGGACCAAAAAUGCAUACAUCUUCUGUAAAACACUCCGGAGAAGCGUUCCUGUCUUGCUCAAGGAGGUAUACCAAAGUCCGCAGCCAAUUAUGCCACGACGUAGCCCCUCCAAAACACUAUCAAAAUUAAAACUGGAGUACAACGAUUUAAAAAUACAUAUAGCAGUCACCAACAUCUCUCCAGGUUGAAGAAGAACUUGUUAACGACACGACACGACAUUAGUCUAAAAAAGCAGUGUUUAAUAUUGUAUCUGUAGACUGAUGAAAUUCACCAUGUGACGUGCCUUUACCACAGGAAAAUUAUUCAGUGCAAAGUUAAAGACACUAAAGCUGGACUGUAUCUGCGAAAAGUGUAGUAAAAUCGAGUCUUCACAAGGAAAGUAAUUACAUCUCAACUGUUUCUGUCCAGAGCAUCCAAAAGUUUCUCCUGUCUGGGGUGACUGAAAUAAAAAAAAACAUCCAACAGAAUAUUGUCAAUUUUUUAAAAAUCUGCAUCAUUGUAACUAUGAAUUCCGUCUUCAGUGAUAAAUAAAUUUGACUGUAAAUACACUGGAAUACAGUGGUAUGUGUUCUACAAUAUCCACAAUGGAUAAGCUUAACAAAUAAAUUCACUUCUAACGAUGUGCAAUAAA